GUAAACUAGCAAACGACCCUUCUUACGAAUCCCAUGAUCCUUCUCUCUAAUCGGUGAAAAGGUUACGCACACAUGUAAGAACCACGUGAUGUUUAAAAGAAGCCAACAACGCCGUGAAAUGGAAGCGAAAACCCAACCUGUUGAUAGCAGAACUGAGUUUCUUCUUGGUCAGUGAAGCGAAAAGCGAAACGCCGAGGUCAGGUGACGAUAAACAGUUCUCAAUACAAACGCUCCGUAGACGUGCACGUAUUGUAAAAUACCAUGCACAUGAUGUUAUUAUGGAAAAUUAGAAGUGGCAGCGGGUCUGUAAUUUAUGACUAUAGCAGUUCAGUAAUAACGCCCAUGUUUAUGACUAUCUACUAAAGCAAGCGACAGUCGUGGAUUGAGGUAUUACAGUUAAGUGUUGUAACUUAGUUCUUCAGCAGCUCAAGCAAUGUUUGUACAGGUUCAAUUCCUUUUAUUCGUCUCGCUAUAAAAGACGCUGGAAAAUAGGAAAAUUUUACAAUUUUCUCCGCAUUUUGCAGACGUUUAUAAGCUCGUAGUUUAUAAGUGUCAUAAAUAAUGGGAUCGUGUUGCUCAAGGAAAAAAGACAAGCGCAACGGAAAAGAACGUUCGUGUUUACGAAGUUUUUUCUGCUGCUGCGGCCGAAGCAAGAGAAACGAAGCUGGCUCUUCCAAUCGACCGCACACACUCCCUGCUGAAGGUAUGGUUCCGACCUACGACGUUACGGCUUGCAAACGACCAAAAAUUCAAACGGAAACUGCCAUGACGUCAACCACUGCGUGUAUGAUGACGAAUUUUCACAGAAACGAGCGACCGACAGCGGUACAGUGUUCGUCUGCCACAGGACCACCCUCCUCGCCUUAUUACAUUCGAUUAGACGAAUCACGCAACGCUGAAAACGGGGAACGAAUUCAUGUUAACUCCGAACCGAAAGUUGUCAGAAUUCGAGACGAUGAUUUGGAGACUUCAACCAAAAUGUGAUGGCAGUUUAUUUUCUCGCAGCACACUCAAAACUUCAAAUUGCUUGUUUAAAUAUGCAAUUGUAUGUUUGGCUGCUUCUUCAGUUUUGAUACUUUUAUAUAUAAACCAUGCCCACGGAGGCGUUACAUUUUAUAUUCAUAUAUGUUCCUUUCUAUACCGUUUCUUCAUAAAGUAAAAUCAUAUAUAUA